ACCUAACCAUAGCGCCGUCUGAGGUGAAGGCUCUGGAUUCGUGUUCUUUUUAUCUUCCUAUCCCGAACGCACAAACCCUAGGGAGGCCAAAACCCCCAAAUCCCCCAAAUCCCCCAACGCCAAGUUUUGGAUUUCUAGUUUUGAUCGUGUGGACAGCCAAAGAAUGAAUAGGGAGAAGCUUAUGAAGAUGGCUGGUGCGGUUCGCACUGGUGGGAAGGGCAGCGUGAGAAGGAAGAAGAAGGCUGUUCACAAGACAACCACCACAGAUGACAAAAGGCUUCAGAGCACCCUUAAGAGAAUAGGGGUGAAUGCUAUACCUGCUAUCGAGGAAGUUAACAUAUUUAAGGAUGACGUAGUUAUCCAGUUCAUAAACCCCAAAGUUCAAGCUUCAAUUGCUGCCAACACUUGGGUUGUUAGUGGCUCUCCUCAAACAAAGAAGUUGCAAGAUAUUCUUCCCAGUAUUAUCAGCCACUUGGGGCCAGAUAACUUGGACAAUUUGAAGAAGUUGGCUGAGCAGUUCCAGAAGCAAGCACCUAGUGCUGGUGGAGCCGCUGCACAAGAGGACGAUGAUGAUGAGGUUCCCGAGCUUGUGGCUGGGGAAACAUUUGAAGCCGCUGCAGAGGAGAAGAACAAGGAGGAGAAUCAAGCUUCUUAGGGAAUUUUAAGGGGAUUUUGUGUCAUUUUAUAUACUUUUGACGCCGGGGAAGUUUUUUAUUUUGUUUUUGUUUUUACCUUGUCAUGUCUGACCAUGUUUGAUGGAUUCUCCUUAUGAUACAUUGGGUAGUAAGUCACUCUGUCUUUUGGUUAAAAUUUAGUUUUACUAUUUCUUAAUUUUUGGUCAA